CGCUCACGAGCAGAAGCACAAACCCCUCCCCCCGUACUUGCCAGCCUGCCACACACAGCGUCGCCGGCAAAAUGCCCCUCCUGCUCCGACGCCUCGUCGGCGCCGUCGCCGUCGCGGCCCCCCUCCGCCGCUCCCUCUGCACGGCGGCCCCGCGCCCUCCCUGGGCCAUGGUGAACAGCCAGGCGGCGCUGGACGCGUCAGGGGCGCCGUCGCAGAGCGCGCGCGCGCUCGUCGACCUCAACACCAUCCCGUGCGUCUCCCACCUCUCCGUCCCCGCUCGCCUCGUCACCCCCCACGGCGACGACAUGGGUUCCCUCGUGGGCAUCGUCCGCGGCGCGAGCAGCGACGGCCUCCUCCUCCUCGACUUCAUCGACGCCCGCCACCGCCCCUUGUGGCCACACGAAUUCGCCGCGGCCCGCGGCGGCGUGGAACCGGAGGGCAAGCUCUUCGUCUGCAACCCUCUCAGCGGCCAGCUGGUCCGCCUCCCGGCCCCGGGCAUGGAUGUCCCCAAAAUGGGAAGUACCUCUUUCGGCCUGCUCACCCAAUCUCAAGGCUCACACGGCCCGCCGGAUAGGUACGUGGUCGGUCAGCUCAGUAAAAGCAGUCGCGGGGGAGGGGUGUGGCGCAGGGUCGUUCGCCGGUUUCUGUCCGAGACAGGGGAGUGGGACGAGCGGCCGCUGGUCGGGGUGGCCGAGUUGGAUCCUGGGCGGAGCAUGAUGAUCAACCAUGAGGUACUGGCGUUCGGCGACCGGCUGUGGUAGCUGGACGUGGCCUGGGGUGCCUGCUCCGUCGACCCCUUCAGCGACCGGCCGGAGCGCCGCUUCGCCGAGCUGCCGCGCUCCAGCGUGCUGCCUGUUUCUGAUUCCCCGACGCUGAGCAGGUACCGGCGCAUGGGGGUCAGCGAGGGGAAGCUGCGCUACGUCCAAGUGUCCCAUGGACACAAGCACGACAAGUGGUGCGUGAUCCUUUCGUUUUUGCUGGAUGACGAGACCUACAGCUGGGCGCUGGAUCACGGAGUUGAAAUUACAGAUCGGCAAGACCCUUGCUAUGUUCAAAUUGCUGCCGUAGAUCCAUUCAAUGCCAACCUUGUGUACCUCCAACAUGGUAGCGCUGUUAUUGCCAUGGACCUGGCUAAGGGGAAGGAGAUUUGGAGGGGUUACCUGCCUAAGGAAUUCCUCUUUCAGAAGUUGCUCCACUGUAGUCUUCUUGUUCCGUGCGUGCUCCCAACAUGGCUUGCCACAAGCCAUAUCCCUUCUGCAGGAACCCUUUCAAGCAACAAGGCUGAUUGCAAAAGGAAGACUUUGGCAGACAUACUGGUUCGCAUAGACAAAUGUUAGACAAACGGAAACGUGACAGCUAAUUUGUCUCCGAUUCCUUAAAUUUGACCAAAAACAGAGUUGAAGGUGGCACCUGCGAGACAGGAGCUCUUAUUUUAGGGGAAUUCUGUGACAAUUCUGGGCUUGCUCUUUUGGCUGAUGCAAUUCUCUUUGAAAAGGAUCAGAAAUCCAACUUUACUUGCGAGUUGUGAGAGAUCAUGCCUAUGCUCUUUGUAAAAUGUUAAUGCCCUUAAGUGUUUAGUUCUGACAUGUUUCGUUUUGCAUUCAUCAAAUCUGGGAUAUGCUUGAUUGGAUAUUUGCAUGCUGAUGAUGAGAAAUGUAUGAGCUCUCUUUAUCUUAUUACUUCCUCCCCCUAUGUAAUUCGUAUUGAAAUCUCUAAAAAGACUUAUAUUUAGGAACGGAGGGAGUAGAUGCUUCUGCAUAACAAGAAAGCGAACCUCUCACUGGCAUAAAUGCUAAUUCUA